CCUCCCACCCGAAGCAAUCGACUGGCGAACUAUCACGGCCUGGACAGCUUGUGGUCAUCGACAACAUGAGGCCUGUUAAUCCACCUGCGAAAUACAAAGGAGGCUCCUUCCCGUACGCGUGCAAGAUCACCGACGACUGCACGAAGAUGAAAGAAGUGUACCUGCUUCACAAGAAAUCUGACACGACCGAGGCGGUGCACACAUACAACAUGUGCGUGGCAGAGGCAGGAGGCUACCGGAUCGAGACCAUCCGCUGCGACAAGGGAAGCGAGAACACCGGAUCCGAAUUUCGAGACUACUGCAAGAAUUCAGCUAUCAAGCUCGAAUACGCCGCCACCAACACCCCUCAACAAAUUGGUGUAUCGGAACGGGACGGNCAUCACGGCCUGCACAGCUUGUGCAAGGAAAUGGACAAUCUGCGGAAACACAACGUCUGCAAUCUGGUGCCCCUCAGCAGCGUUCCCAAGGGAGAGAAGAUCCUCGGAACGAAAUUCGUCUUCAAGAAAAAGCUGGACGGACGCUUCAAAGCUCGCCUGGGAGUCGGAGGACAUCGUCAAGGGCCAGGACAGGACUACGGACGCAGCUACGCACCAGUAUGCCGUAUCGGGAGCAUUCGCAUGACGUGCGCCGUUGGCUGCCACAACAACUGGCCCAUCUACCAACUGGACGUUGUCAGUGCCUUCCUGAAUGCCCUCUGCGACAGAGAUGUGUACGUCAGACCCGCCCCCGGUACAUCCGCCAAGAACUUCGCGAAGGGAUAACCCAUGGUGUACAAACUAGAACGGAGCCUCUA